GGACUUUACUCCUGAUUCCUCCACACGACCGGCUGCCUAUAUAUACUGAGUCCUGACAGCACACACAGCAUUCAGCAGCUGAUAGACUGAACAGAAGGUGCACCAGGUGUCAGACAUGAAGGUCCUCGUGGUUCUCGUCCUCGCCGUUUUCACUGCUGGCUGCAAUGCCGACGUCACACACCAGCCCAAACAGAAGGCUGAAAUGGUGAGAGAUGCUUUCUGGGACUACGUUGCAAAGGUAACCGCGACCGCUGAGGAGUCCCUGAAGAAGAUCAGAGAGUCCGAGUUGGGACAGGAAAUGAACACCCUGAUCCAGGACAGCAUGGCCGAGCUCGCCAUGUACAAGGAUGACCUGCAGACCAAGCUGGCUCCCUACACUCAAGAGGCCGCAGAUCGUCUGGGCAAAGACAUGCAGCUCAUGGCCGACAAACUCCGUGAACACAUGACUGAGGCCCGAGAGCAGAUGGACAAGUACGUCCAGGAGCUUCAGACCAUGAUGGAGCAGAACACCGACGACGUCAGGAGCAGAAUCGCCACCUACACCCGUAAAAUGAAGAAGCGCCUCAGCAAGGACACACAGGAGAUCAAGAGACACGUCACAGAGUAUUUUGAGGAGAUUCAGUCCCGCACCUCUGAGAACGUGGAGGACCUGAAGACUAGACUGGACCCUUACUUUGCUCAGGUGCGAGACAACGCCCAGACAAAGAUCACCACCCUGAAGGACCUGCUGACGUCUCAGAUGGAGAACAUGAAGCUCAAGAUUCAGAAUACAGCUGAGGACAUCAAAGAUCGCCUUGAGGACACCACUGACAGCCUGCGAUCCACCCUGAAGGGGAAGAUGGAGGAUGUGCGCGACAUUUUUCAGUCCUGCGUGUCCUAUUUCAGUGGAAGCCAGUAAACCCUACAACUAGCCUGGACUGCUCAUUUAUCCAUCGCUUCAUAAGUUAAAACCCUAAUUCAACAGUUUAAAGUCAUCAAAUGUGUUUGUUCGACCACUCCCUGUGACUUUAAUAAAAACCAGCUGCUCACA